AUGGCCCAGGGUGCACUUAAGAAAAUCAAGCCUUCCACGGGUGGAACGAAGCGUGGUGGACUCUCAGCCGCACGAACAAGGCCCGGUGUCCGACAGAUUGCGCCUAAGAAGGCGGGACUCGUCAAGACUGCGAAAUUGACUAAGAAACUUACUUCGGGUCUUGUUACGAAAACGGAACGCAGUCUUGCGUCGAAGGCGGGACAUUUGGAAUUGUUGGCUGGUGGAAAGAAGGAUAGGUUGGAGAAAGAAAGGAAGGCUGCUGCGGCCGCGGGGAAGAAAUAA